UUAUCAUUUCUAAAUGCAGAACAGAAUGAGUACGUGUCUUUUGAGACUUCAAAUUAUAUUUUGUUCAAAAAAUUUUGAAUCCAUCAUUUAUAAUUAUUUUUUAAAUGUUUUCAUUAAAAAUUGUCAAGAUAAUUUUUUUAUUAUUUUAUGUGAUUUUAUAUAUUAAAACACACAAUGCUACAAAAAUAAAAAUAUUACAAUUAGAUAAAUUACUAAAUCAUCCGGGAUGGAAAAAUUUGAACGAUGUGUACUCUAUAAAAUAUUUGAAAAAAAAAUAUGAUCUUAAAAGUCUAAUUGAAAUACCUACAAAUCAGUCUAACUGUAUACAAAAGAUACGAGCCUUGACUAUAUAUCUUGGAUGUACAUAUGCUAAAGUUAUGAAUAAUCUUUUUUCAAUUAUUAUCAACAUGAUAACCAUUUGUUAUGAAAAAAUUCUUGGAGAACACGAUUUCUUAAAUGGAUGCAUUUAUACCGAAGAACUCAUAGACUUAAUAGCCACUUUUAUUGUUCCAACAGCAACAUUGAUGAAAAAUGCAAUGGACGCUUUAGAUUUAUUACAUUACAAACCAUGGAUUACUUUUAUAAGGAAUAAAAAAAAUUACUACAUAAUGAGUCCUUUAUUAGGGACAAUAGCAAAUAUUCUUCAUAAAUUCAUAAUGGAAACAUCUCUAUCACGUGACGAUAUAUCUACAUACUCUUGGAUAUUAGUUACUGUGUUUAAUUUUUUUCUUACAUUCAUUAAAAAUAUAAAAAAGGAAAUGUUAUACUAUUGUACAUUUGAACCUUAUGAUACGAAUUAUUUAUGGAAUGAAUGGAAUCAAGAAUAUAAAGUUAUUAUUGACCAAGGCAUAAAAUUAAUAUUUUUCAAAUUCUUAACAAGGAAAAUUAAAAAUUAUAUCAAGACAGAAAUUAUAGAAAAAUAUUUCCAACUGGGAUUUAAAUAUGAUUCAAUAACUGAAGAAACGUUUGUCCCAAAACCAAAGGAGCUAAUUGAACUAGAUCAAGAAAUGGAAUUUAGAGCAACAGAUGAAGAACUUUCAGAGACAAUAGAAAUAGAUUUAUCAGAGUAGCUCAAUAUUUUUUUGCAUUUAUAUCGUAAUAGAUUACUGAAAUAGAAAUAAUAGUAAUCAUUUCCUACUAACUUUUGGUGUUUAAAAAGAUUCUACAAUUGAAAUAUUCAGAAGUUAAUUAAUUUUAAUGAUUUACUUUAACUAAAAGAAUUAAUCAAAACAAAGUUGUCAAAAACAUUUAUUCAAUUGAGCGUAUUAUAAAAUUUGAUUAUAUUUGUAAAAAUUAAUUGUUAAUUCAGGAGAAAAAAUAAUCAUUUUUUUUAGAAAUUAUUUAUAUACCAACAUGUUGCCAAAAAAAUUUGAAUAUUAUAAUCUAGUAAUAGCACACACAAAUAUAGUAAAUAUAUUAUGGAAUUACAAAGUAAAAUGAUUUAAUUUUGUAGUUGUAACCUAUCAUAUCAAACUGAAUUCGUCAAUAAAUACUUUGAAAACAUUAAAAAUGAAUGAUUUGAAUUGUCUGUAUUGAGAACGUGGGAUAAUUAACUGUUUAAUUGAUAGAUUAGAAUUUUGUUUUCAAUUUUUGAGGGUAAU